GUGUUCGAGGCGUCAGACUUUGGCUCUCACCCCCUGUUCUCAGUGGCACAGGGAGGAGUGGACCUGCAGCAAUCGUACGCAGUUCAGAGCCACUACGGCAUUCCACACUCAGAGCUGGCGAAGCUCCACCAGUUGUCGAUGCAGCAGCAGGGCCUCGCUCCCAUCAGCCAGUCAGCUACACAAGUCCUGCCUGGAGCGGUGGAGGCCAAUUCUCAAACCACGUCUCAGGAGCUCCUCAUUCCAAACGACCUGAUUGGCUCCAUCAUCGGUCGCCAGGGCACCAAGAUAAACGAGAUCCGGCAGGUGUCUGGAGCUCAGAUCAAGAUCGGCAGUCAGAUCGACAGCACCAGUGAUCGUCACGUCACCAUCACCGGCACACCGAUCGCCAUCAACCUGGCUCAGUACCUGAUCACCUCGUGGUAAGUAUCC